AAGUAGGUCAUGGAAUCAACGAAUUUUUGCGGAAAUAAUUUACGUGUGAAAAUAACACUCAGAGUGAUUGGCCCAUACACGGAAAUAAAUCAUUGUGACUGCAAUUUGUCUCAGUAAGUGCAAGUUAGUGUUCUGUAUAAAUGUCUGUUUGGAUUUGCGUCUUUCUGUUAAAGAACCGAGUUAGCUCUCUUCUUUCACCUCCACGUGGACCAAGUCCCUGCCGUCACUGAAAAUGAAGUUAGCUGCGCUGAUGCUGCUGGUUGCUGUUGGAAUCGCCUUCACUGGUUUAGGCUCCGAGGCUGUCACACCUCACCAAGUCAUCCAAGCUCUGAUGGGCGGCGCUCCUCCCUACUGGAAAGUGAUGUUUGCUUUAGACAGCAGCGGCGCCAUAAGUUACUCUGAGUGGUCGUGCUCCAUAUCUUCGACCAGGAACAUCCUUGCCAUCAUCAACAACACUCCUGGCCUGAAUAGUAUUGCACCUUGGAAACAUAAGAUUGGUCUUGUACGCUUCUCUACCUGGGCAUAUGUCAUCUUCGCCCUGGGGACUCACCCGUUCUACCCACAGAAUGAUGCAGCUAUUGCCGCCGUGCCGAAAGGGCCGGGUGGUCUGACGAAUAUAAAUCAUGCUUUGGCGUUGUGUAGUAUUCAGCUUGGUACCUCUGGAAAACGCCUAGUCUGGAUAAUGACUGAUGGACGCUUUAAUUAUGGGGGUGACCCGAGGCCAAGGGCAGAUACUAUGAAAAAGAAUGGAAUAAUCAUUUGCGUCGUUGCUGUUGGCGACAAUGUCAACCGGACUGUGAUCAGCGGCAUUGCCUCUUGGGUGUAUAUCCCGAGCCUCCGUCGUACUGUGAAAUGUGUUAUGAGCUACCGCACCUGUACGGCCUAG